CAUGUGGUACGUGAUAUCAGGACCAUGUUUGCUAAUGGCACAGGCAAGAAUGCUCCAUGGAUGUGGCUGAAGGCGUUGACCGUCUUCGAUAGCAAAUGGAGUUGGGGUUCGGCGACACUGGCUUACUUGUAUCGACAGUUGGACGAAGCCUGUUGUAGGCAAUCUGGUGGUAUUGGUGGUUGUCUGCUCGCACUUUCCAUAUGGAGCUGGGAGCGUUUGCCGGUUGGACGACCGAAGACCGUGAAGUACGAGGAUUGGGAUGACAAAGACGACCCACUACGGCUCCCCACUUGGGCUCACAAGUGGGAUGUGUUAAAUGAGACGACGGAUGAUCCCUCGGUCAUGUACAAGUUGUACAAGAGCGAGCUGGAGGCGAUCACGCCUGAGUGGAAUGGGAGCCGUAUGGACAAGGAGAGAGUUUUGGUAAUCCUAUAG